AUGUCGCCAUUGGACCUGUUUCUUCCCAUCCGCGCCGGAGGCAUGGGUACAGUGUCCGGCUGCUGCAAUGGCCACGACGCGAACCUGGAAGAGCAGCGGGAUUCCAAGAUGAAGGACCCUCCGCCCGCGGAGAUGGUGCCGGAGAUAUGCCCAGAAAAAGAACGGAUCUUCAACAUUUGCAUGGCGUCCUGA